AACCUCAGAUUCUCAAUCGAAACAACUGAUGAGAAAACUUCUGCAAAUUACAAUUUUUCAGAGCCGUUUAAUUAUUCACAGUGUAUCAUUAGUCGCAACAUUUUGAAAAAUGACCAAACCUAGACCCCAAGAAUUUCGAGAUGUAACAUUUGGCCUGAGAAUUCUCCGUGAUCUCCUCCUAGGGAGAAAACAUGAUAGGGAUAAUAGAUUCUCAGCGUUUUUGGCUACUAGAUCACCUGCUCCUCCUCAACUUCCACCAGGUCCACACGCAAAACUCAGCGAUAACUACUAUUACACACGGGAUGCUAGACACAUCGUGGAACCCCCGCUGCUAAUUGCUGGUCCACAGGUGGCGCCACAAAUUGAAUCUGCCGAGUUGAAAUCCAAAGUAAGUGCAAAUGUCCUUGGAGUUACCCCUGGAAAACCAUAUAUUUGGGAUGCCCCAGAUGAAUCUGCCUAUGAUCCCAGCAACGGACCCAAAUUUCCGCACGAAACCCAUAGGCAAAACAGGCAUUAUGGAUAAGCACCAACAAGUCCAGCGUUUUGAAAAUUCUGCGAAUGUAGAAGGUAGCUUUUAAUUUUCAAUGUUUGUUGUAUCUUCUUUUAGGUUAUAAUCAUUAAAUAAACUUCUUUUAGGCUGUUUCAAA